CGGUGUGGGUAUACUUGAACCACUUGGAACGCCAGCGUGCGUUUGAAAGCCAAGCAGCAGCAGCAUUCGCUUUGUUGAGAUUGUUCAAGCUCUCUGAAGCUGUGCUAAGACUAUAGAGUACUUGUAUCUUUUUAUAUUAUGAUGGCUUCCCCAUCACCAGAACCGUGCAAGACAUCUAUCCAUCUUGUGGAAGGCUUUUUUCAUUUCAUAUAAAUUUAUAUCGCCCUCGCGACUUGACUUGGUUACUGGAUUUUGUGUGCUUCAUGCAGCACAGAGCACAGACAGAAUUAUUUUUCUGACGUGUUUUGAUCGAGAUUUCAGUGUAGAUUGGUCAAUUGUCGCGUGAAGACGGACUUCUAUAUCGAUCGUGUGCAGCUGAUCAUAGAUAUAUUUUUUUCUUCUAAUCAAACUCAAAUCGUAUGUGAUACAAUUUUAUUGAAGACUCCUUAAAGGAGGAUCGUAUAGAAAGAUACUUAAAGUUUGUCAACUCUUGUGACGCGAACAUUGUUGUAUUUAUAGAUCGUGAUCAAGAAUAGAAUUUCAUUACUCAGUCGACAAAGUCUCAGAGUUGGAAUCUACUUCCAAGAAAAUUUUGAAAAAUUCUCUUAAAGAUUUUUUGUUAUUUUUGUUGACUUGAGAAUAUAAAGAUCGAAGAACCGUUGAUUUGCUGCUUCGGCGGAUUGCAUAGAUAUUGUUUUGUGCGCGAGAGAUAUUCUUUGGAUGUGCGGAAAUAAUUUCUUGUGUUUUGAUUCUGUAUCUUUUUUUUUUUUGCAUUUAAUUUGUACGAGAGAGUUAAAUAUUUAUAGUGACAUGAAUUUAUUAUUAUUAAUGUUUUUGGCGCUCAGAUGACUAUUUGAAAAAUAACAAUUAAAAGAAGUGAUAUUUGAGAGGAUCACUUGUCAAGAAAGUAUCUUGUGUGGAAAGAUUUAAUAAAUCAUUGAGAAUAACAACAUUGGAUUACGCCGAUACAAUUCUUCAUCAAGGAGAGCGAAUGAUUAUUUUGGAUAUUGACAAGAAAUCGAAAGAGAUUUAUUUGUUGGCCAGACAGCAUAGUUUACAAUGAAGUCAACGACUUGUCAUAAGCAGACGACGACGACAUCAUUGACGUCGGCAACGUUUGCAGCGUCUGAUGCCGCAAGCCAUCAUCGCCACCAUCCAAGUCAAUACCGGAACAACAGUAUUAGCUGUAGAGGCAGCAACAUAAAAAUCAAACCCAGUGAUGCGAAUAAUAAUGACAAUACCUCAAUGAUGACGAGCUCAACGACGACCAAGACGACAGCCAAGCUGCCAAUCAUCACCAGCACUCCUACUCGUAGCAACAGCAAAAACAGUGAAAAAUACUCCUUGCGGCAGAGACAGAAACGAUCCUUUGCUGUGCCAUCAUCCUCUACUGCCGCAGUGGCGGUCGUGUCAUCGGAAUUAAAGACUGCUGCCUCAGCUUUGGAUAAAUCAGCUACAGCAGUGGCGACAGUCAGCAAUCGUUGUAAUUUAAAUUCUACCACCAAACGCUCAAACACCUCGACGUCUGGUUCCAAGGAAAAAUCCAAGAGCAAAGCAGCACCGCUUAGCAAAUACCGGCGAAAAACUGCCAACGCUCGAGAGCGAACGCGCAUGCGUGAAAUAAAUUCAGCUUUUGAGAAUUUGCGACAUUGUGUGCCGCAUACCAUAACUGGCGAUCAAACUGCUUCGUCAAAUGAGAAAUUGACAAAAAUUACAACGCUGCGACUGGCCAUGAAGUAUAUUCGAGUUUUAUCCGAAGCCUUAGACAAUCCAUCAUUCCAGGAAGAUUUUCUUCUCGAAUGUCUCAACGAUGGCGAUCACAGAUUUAGUACUCCCAAUUGGGUUCAAACCCCAUUGGAUGUCUCAGUUAAUAGUGAAGAAGAAGUCCCUCGAGCUGAACCCACUCCAACCCCUCAAGCUCGGCCAAAAGCACGAAAGACAAAACUACAAACGACCAAAGUAACCAACAAACGCCAGCGAACAAAGACGAAAGUACAAGACACUCUAGCGCCGUAUUUGACUUCUUCGUCAACAUUCUCGUCACCAUUCUCUUCGAGUUCCUCCUCAGCAUACGCUUCAAUGUCGGCAUCUCCACUUUUCGAUGACUGUCACUCAAUGACUGACUUGAGCAGUAUGAUUCUGGAAUCCGAUGGUGAAUCACUGCAUCUCUCCGAACCAUGUCUCAGUCCAAUGAAUAGGAAUUAUAAUCUAGGAAUGCCGUGUCUAGAUAGAACGUCGACUCCAAGCCUAAUGAAGACCAUCCCAAUGUCAAUAGAAGCUGAAAAUCCGCUUGAAUUGAGUCUGAGACUUCUUGAGCCAGAUGCUGAUUCUUUGGAAUUUUCAACCGAUCAACAACCUUCAACGUGUAUUAGUCCUUUGGCCACUCUUGAAUCAUUUAAUCCAUUUGGAGACCUACUGCAUGUUGAGUUUCCUGAACACUCAUCAUUAGAUCUGUUUUUGACAUGACGUGGAGUCUAUUUGAAAUGAUGGAUUUAAUCGGAUGAUAUAGUUAAAUUAACUUUGUUGUAUUUUUAAAUGCAUUUUUAUUUUGUUCGUUUAUAUAGUAUUUUCACACUUUUUUUUAAUGAAUCAUCAUUUUUUUUUUAAUUUCAUAGCAAAAACAAAAAACAAAUUUUUAUGGAAAGACAUUAUUUUUAACAAGCACUAAUUUCUUCUUAAAUUAAAAAAUAAAAAUAAUAAAAAUUUUAAGGAAACGAUCCCAUAAUUUCUUAUUGUGUCAUAUUGAUUUAAGUUAUCAUUUAAUACUUUUUGUACAUAAUUUUAAGAAUAAACUUUUGAUACACAAUU